UCAGACGCUUCACUGAUUGCCAACUACGAUGUGAAAAGAUGUUACGAAGUAGACAUCACAUUUCACUAUGAAAUCCAGGGAGGUCUUACAAGUAGCACCAUAAGUAACACCAGAAGGACGUUUUCUGGUCUUCUUAGUGGAAUAUCCACCAUUCUCUCCACUCUCCCUGCGUGCAGUAGUGUCACAGUCACCAGGAAAGAUAUAAUAAACUCUCUCCCAGGAGUGCGAAGUGUUUUUUUUAGAAUACCACUGAUAUUUACAGCAUCAACAAGUGUGCCAGAUUAUGAAGUUUCCAAGAAGCUGUUUGACUGUAUCAGUACUCUAUCUGCCUACAAGCAAUUUUUGGACUCAAAUACUCCAAAAAUAAAGCAAGGAGAUAUGACUUACUCCACCUACAAUUUAUCCUCAAUAUCAAAUACGACAUCAUGCUGUGGUGGAGAUAUACCGCCGCCUUGCUGUGCUGUGGGCUCAAUACGGAUUAACAGCACCAAAUGUGGUGAGUUACCAACAACCAAUAACCAACACAGCGGUCAAACAUGAGGCAUGCACAAAUGAAAUAGUUUCGGCCGGCCGUCCGUCCGCCAAGUUCCCGAGAAAAAUUUAAAGAAAAAUGUAAAGAUACCGCUUCUACCUAAAAUUCACGAAAAUGAGUUGAAAUGUUCACAGAAAGCUGUAAAGAGAAAGAGAAGUAGGGAAGAGGAGAACUUGAAACUACUCUGACAUAAAUAUUAUUUCAUUACGGAUAUUCUGUUGAUUUACUAUCAGUUUCGGGCUCUACAGAAAACUUUAUUCGCUUUUGAAAUGUCAUGAUUUACUGGUUUGUGAGUUUGAAAAGCCUGAAAGCACUGUAUAGGGCCGCAUUGUGUGACACCAAUCGUUCCAAUCUUUGUACUCGAGAUUAUUUCUCUCGUCGUACAUGCGCAGACGUUUGACCAUUGCAUUCCUCUAACCGAAUCCCUAUCCUAGCUUCGAUUCUCAUCCGCUGGUUAGGAGUGAGCCCACGCUCCUCCACCAAGAGACCUUCUCGGGAGGAUCGAAGACGAGAAUCGAGAGAAUGAUGAAAGUCGAGCUUACCUUAACCUCCAACAGACAGCUUAAAAAAAUUCAAAGAAACUUAAAAGCGCUUAAUUUUGGCGUUUCAUCUAUACAAUGUUUUCGAGCCAAAGAAAUCUAUUGUCAGAUUUCUACAAGCUAUCGGCUCAUGACAACACAGAAGUGAAUUGUCUGCGCUUGGUGGCACUCCACGCGCAAAAGUGGUAUCAAUUGGUGAUUAAUUAAACCUAUUUCAAAUCUAAGCCGAGACAGACGUAAAUUUUUUUUGUCUUUCUUUUUUGCUUAGGCUGCUUGCCUGGGUUUAAAUUCGUUCCCGACAGUCUAUGUGUCCGUUGUCCGUCAGACACUUAUCAGAACAAUCAGGGUCAAAGGUCAUGCGAGAAAUGUCCAGCAAAGAAACAGACAUUUGGAAAAACAGGAAUGACAAGCGAGUCCAAUUGCUCAGGUAUGACAUUGAACAAAACGGUGUAAGUGAAAUAGAUAUAACGUAAAUCAAAGAGUGUACAGGAGCAAGGAUCCAUUCACUACUAGUUCUAUUUAGGUUUUUACUUUGUCAGAAUCAGCCUCGUGUAUAUUUUCUUGAUUUUUUUAUCCUUUACAGACACAAAUCCAUUGCAGCUCAGUGAUCAGGUCGUUUAUCUGCCUUAUGACAUCAAAUCUGAAACUCUCGUCACGAAUGUUACUGUCACGGGGCGCUUAGAGUCUUUGGUUCAACCGUUGUUGUUUUACAUGGAGAAUGUCACGCAACAACAAUUGUCACGCAGUGAGUCAAAACGGAAACGGCGCGACAUUGACGACUUUUGUGAAGGUGCUGGCACUGUCAAGCCAAUGAGUUAUUUCUGUGUUCACCGUCUUACAGGGGGAAUUGAAGUCACGGACGAUUUUCAGUUUAAAAAUGGUGACGAAUUUGAUGUAAAAAUCCGCGUCACAGACAGCGAUCAGUGGGGAAAAACUGAAAACACUGCCAAGAUCAGAUUUAUUCCACGCGACCUUUGUUGGAAUCUCCGAGCAAUUUAUGACGUAGCCGUCAAAAACUGUCUCAAUAAUUCGUCAUCUGUCACUAGACAGAACUGGUGCUUGAGUGAGCGUUGUGUGAAAUUUUGUCACAGAUGGAAAGAGGCACUGAUCAAUACAAGUAGAGUGACGUUACAGACGAAUUGUUCAUUUGAUCCUCACAAUCUAGCAGCUGUCAUGCGUGAACACCCGAGUUGUCCUAGUGAUAUA